ACGGAUGUGUGGGAUGGAGCGUUUGAGGAGCCCCGCACAGCAGCCGCUUAACUAAGGAUCCUUGACGUUUGCUGCUUUGCGCCUUCCAGAGUGAUGUUCUCUUACCCGCUUUUGUUGAUGGUGGAGACGGAUGUAACGGAACGUCUUGAACUGAUCCUUUUCCGCAGGGUGUAUUUACAUUUCCAAAAUGAAAAGAUAAAAGAACCUCCCCAAAAGAUAGUGACAACCAAGCGACUCAAGGCAGGAAGAAGUCUGAGCUGAGCAGUAGAGGACCCCCUGGAUCUGGAGAGAAGAGGCAACCUUGGAACCAGUAAUGAGCCAUCCUGACUGCAGGCUGAACCUCCGGCCCCUGGGGACCCCCAGAGGUGUGUCCUCUGUAGCUGGCCCACAUGGUGUUGGUGCUUCGCCAGGUGACAAAAAGUCGAAGAACAAGUCUGCGCGAGGGAAGAAAAAGAGCGUAUUUGAAACCUACAUGUCCAAGGAGGAUGUCUCAGAAGGCUUGAAGAGAGGAACACUCAUCCAGGGUGUUUUGAGAAUUAAUCCAAAGAAGUUUCAUGAAGCCUUCAUUCCUUCCCCGGAUGGUGAUCGAGACAUUUUUAUCGAUGGGGUUGUUGCUCGUAAUAGAGCCUUGAAUGGGGAUCUGGUGGUCGUGAAGCUCCUUCCAGAGGAACAGUGGAAGGUAAUUAAACCAGAGAGCAGUGACAAAGAAACAGAAGGUGCCUAUGAAUUAGAUCUCCCUGAGGAGCUCUGUGGAAGCCAUUUCCCGCAGCAGUCCAUGAAAGGCUAUAAUGACAGUCCUGAUGUCAUUAUAGAGGCUCAGUUUGAUGACAGUGACUCAGAAGAUGGACAUAGCAACACACAGAAUGUUCUGGUUGAUGGUGUCAAGAAACUCUGUGUUCAUGACAAAGGAAAAGAGGAUGCUGAUGCUCUAGUUACAAAAGAUGAAAGCACCUCCACGUCACAGGACACAAGAGCUUCACCAGAGAAGUCGCUGCAAAGAUCAGCAAAGGUGGUUUACAUCUCGGAGAAAAAACAUUCCCGAGCAGCAACUGGCUUUCUCAAACUCUUGGCUGAUAAGAACAGUGAACUGUUUAGGAAAUAUGCCCUGUUUUCUCCCUCGGACCACCGAGUGCCUAGAAUUUAUGUGCCUCUCAAGGACUGUCCCCAGGAUUUUGUGACUCGGCCUAAAGAUUAUGCCAACACACUCUUCAUCUGCCGCAUCGUGGACUGGAAGGAGGACAGCAAUUUUGCCCUGGGGCAACUGGCUAAGAGUCUUGGGCAGGCUGGUGAAAUUGAACCUGAAACAGAAGGUAUACUAACAGAAUAUGGUGUGGAUUUCUCUGAUUUCUCAUCGGAAGUUCUAGACUGUCUCCCUCAAGGCCUGCCCUGGACAAUCCCACCAGAAGAAUUCAGUAAGAGAAGAGAUUUAAGGAAGGACUGUAUCUUCACCAUUGACCCAUCAACUGCCCGCGACCUCGAUGAUGCCCUCUCCUGCAAGCCACUUGCUGAUGGCAACUUUGAAGUGGGGGUUCAUAUCGCGGAUGUCAGUUACUUUGUUCCCGAGGGAUCCCCUCUGGAUAAAGUAGCUGCUGAGAGAGCUACAAGUGUCUACUUGGUUCAGAAGGUUGUCCCCAUGCUUCCCAGGCUGCUGUGUGAGGAGCUGUGCAGCCUCCAUCCCAUGUCUGACAAGCUGACCUUCUCUGUGAUCUGGACACUAACCCCGGAGGGCAAGAUCCUUGGUGAAUGGUUUGGUCGGACCAUCAUUCGCUCCUGUACAAAACUGAGCUACGAGCAUGCACAGAGCAUGAUUGAAAGCCCAACCGAGAGAAUCCCUGAGGAGGAGCUGCCCCCCAUCUCCCCCGAGCACACCAGUGAGGAGGUACACCGGGCUGUCUUGAAUCUCCACAAAAUUGCAAAGGAGUUACGCAAACAACGGUUUGUGGACGGCGCACUACGUCUGGAUCAACUAAAGCUUGCUUUCACUCUGGAUCACGAGACUGGAUUGCCCCAAGGAUGCCACAUCUAUGAGUACCGUGACAGCAACAAGCUCGUGGAGGAGUUCAUGCUCCUGGCCAACAUGGCAGUGGCCCACAAGACGCACCGCACCUUCCCUGAGCGUGCCCUGCUGCGCCGGCACCCCCCACCCCAGACCAAGAUGCUCAACGACCUCAUGGAAUUCUGUGACCAGAUGGGGCUGCCCAUGGACUUCAGCUCUGCUGGGGCCCUCAAUAAAAGUCUGACCGAAACAUUUGGAGAUGACAAGUACUCACUGGCCCGGAAGGAGGUGCUCACCAACAUGUGCUCUCGGCCCAUGCAGAUGGCACUGUACUUCUGCUCGGGGGUGCUGCAGGACCAGGAACAGUUCCGGCACUACGCCCUCAACGUGCCGCUCUACACCCACUUCACCUCUCCCAUCCGCCGUUUCGCUGACGUCCUGGUGCACCGCCUCCUGGCCGCCGCACUCGGCUACAGGGAGCUGCCAGACAUGGAGCCCGACACCCUGCAAAAGCAGGCUGACCACUGCAAUGACCGCCGCAUGGCGUCCAAGCGCGUCCAGGAGCUCAGCACCGGCCUCUUCUUUGCCAUCCUGGUUAAGGAAAGUGGCCCCCUGGAGUCAGAAGCCAUGGUGCUCGGCGUCCUGAACCAAGCCUUCGAUGUGCUGGUGCUGCGCUAUGGGGUACAGAAGCGUAUCUACUGUAACGCACUACCCCUGCGGUCCCACCACUUCCAGAGGGUGGGUAAGAAGCCGGAGCUCACACUUGUCUGGGAGCCAGAGGACAUGGAGCAGGAGCCAGUGCGGCAGGUUGUCACCAUCUUCAGCCUGGUGGAGGUGGUACUGCAGGCGGAGACCACGGCCCUCAAGUACAGCGCCAUCCUGAAGCGGCCGGGCACCGAGGGCCUCCUGGGCCUACAGCACCACGAGGAACGUGCUGACGGUGGCCAGCUGGACUGAGGCCCCCCAGCCAGCCACACCCACCCCCACACCCACCCCACCCACUGGCUUUUAGGGAUAGGACCUUUUGACACCAAAGGGGAUUUUUAAUUUGGUUUUUAACAACUCAGGGUUUUGUUUUUAUUUCUUCAUUCUAUCUUAUUUUUGCAGCUCAGUUUUUAAAUAGACUGGAGAGGAGAGAGUGGGGCUGGAUGGAAGGCUGAGGCCUGGCCAGUGCUUGACCGGAACGGGACAGGACCCGGUCCUCCUGGGAGGCCAGCCCCACUUCAGCCAGGCCGCCCACUGCCUUCCCCUGCCCAGGAAACCGGGGGAUUUUCAGCAAAUCAGUGUCAUGGAAUAAAAUCAAGUGUGAAUUACUGUUUGGUGUGUGGGGCACCACUGGGAGGCCAGGGCAGCAGGGUGCCCCAGGACCCAGGACGAGGGACCCGGCUCAGGCUCCAACCGCUCACAGCUGAGCUGGGGUCACCACCCUCCGGAACCUCUCUGUCAGUUCCAGGAUGAUUCACAGAGCUGGCCACAUGUCAGAUUGAGGCCGGUGCCUCAUUCUGGCUGAUUAGGAACAUAAUUAGUAUGCAAGACAGCAAGCUCACCCAUCGCCCUCCUCAAGUGACUGUGUCUGCCCCCACCGCACCAUCUCUUGUCUGCCUGCUAGCCUCAGGAGGGGGGCCAUGGGUCCUGUGACUCUCCCUCCCACAGGUCCUGGGCCAGGGCUCUGAGUAGCCCUGUCCACACCCCGUGGUUCAAGCUGGUACCUUCGCACCUCCAGUGCCAGCCUUCGCACCUCCACUGGCAGCCCUGAGGGAGCAGAGGGGCAGAGGGGACCUAGGCCUGCAGAGAAGAGGAGGGCCCUCAAACUGGCCUUCCCAACCAAGGUGCCUGGGGGCCCUGGCCUGGCCUAGUCACCCGCCCUGCAUCAUCCUGAGCACCCACCGAUUGCACCAUCCUGGGGACCCAGGGACCAAGAUGGAAGGCCGCUAGGUCGUGCCUUCUCCCCAGCUGGCCUGACCACAGCCUGCACUCCUUCCCCUCCUAACUAGGGAACCACAGGUCAAACUGUGGGUGAAACUAGGGUGAAAACCAUGGUGACCCCGGCCUUGGGUCCACCGUGCUAUUUCCUUGGGCGUCAGGACUAACGAGCCCAUUGGAUCUGGUUGCAAUGAAUUCUCUUCAAAGAAAAAUCCAAUACGGUACCUUGUAGGAGGGCCUCUCGGGGACCAGAGGGCCGAUGGUGUGGCUGCCUUUGUCCACCACCGACAGGCCAGGGCUCGUCCUCCGCCCGGCCCCAGCUGGGUGUGGGAGGGGAAUGGAGGACGCGCCACUGUCCUGCCUUCAGCUUCUUUCUCCUCCUCCAGCGCCUCAGCCAGCCUUCCAAUGUCCGUCUCACCACCCUCAGGAUGUCCCUGAGGCUACCACCCCCACACCCCCCGUUCUGUCCCCACAGCCUCCUCCUGCAACCAAGGAUCUGAAGGGAAGAAGAGGUGAGAGGGUCUGGUGGUUUGAUAUUUGGAUGAGAUUUCUGGGUGUUUCCUGUCCUAGGCAGCCCAACAGAGCCCAAGGGCAAGACAUCCCAACCCUGACUCCGUCCCCUCAACUUCCCACCCUCUGAGGAGGAGCAGCCCUGUCCUGUCCUGGUGCUUUCCCCUGACAGCCUCCCUCAGAGCCUGGGAGCUGAGGGCAGAGCAGGGGCCCCCGGGGAGUGACACCUGUCAGGGAGGCCACAUGUCAGAGCACCUGGGCUCCCUCUUGAGCAGCAUGGACUCAGCAAGGACUUGCUUGGAUGGCAGAGGUGGGUCUCGCCCUGAUGCACCCUAGAGCCAUGGGGGCCAUGGCAACCCCAGCCCACCCCUGCAUCAUCAGAAACUGUACCCAGAGAGGAGGCAGGCUUCUGGCCAAGGAGACAGCAAGCCUGCCCAGCCAGGACCAGGAAUCAGGCACCUGCCCUCCACCGUACCCCCCCCACACCAGUAGGCCCAAAGGAGGCGGCCCAGCACUCUCCCCAAGGUAGCCGGGUCCAUCUUCAUCCCCUGUCCCAGCACACCCGGCUUUGGCGGAGGUCCCCUGAGGGAGCCAGCCCCUCCUGUGUCCCCACAUGAUGGAACUAUGACAAAAGGAAGACGAGACACAAAACCUCAUCCUAAAGGAAGACAUCCCUCCGGCCUCUCCAGAGCCGCUGCACACCGGUACAGACAAGCCCAGGGCCCAGAGCGGGGCUCUGCCUUCCUCAAGGGGCCACCACGGAUCACCAUGGCAGAGGGAACCGUAGAUGCAAACAACGUCACGACACGACGAGGCUCUAGCUAAGCUCCAGGGCUAGAGAGUGUAUUCCCAGCCCUGAAGGGACAGUGGCCAGAAGAUGAUGCACCGGCCCCUCGGGGGUGAAGGGACUGAGGUUCCAAGGUACUUGCCUCACCACGAGGUCGCCAGGAUCAGAGAGUGCCGAGAGCUCACGCUAGAAGAUGCUGGAACGGUAGAUGGUAGAUCGCGUGGACCCUGAGCUGGCCAGAGAACUCUAACCAGAGUUCUAACCAGGGCUGCUCCUUCACUCCUUUAUUUAACAGGGGGAGCCUGCGGUGCUCUGUGUCCAGAGGGGGAGUGGUGAUGGCGGGAGGGUGAAGGCCCAGAGGGAGGUGGCGCGGGGGCAGAGCCCAGGGGGCAGCCUGAUGGCUCUGUGCAGGCCGGGCUCUGAGGCCCGGGGCUCUGUGGGCGGCAGAGGGGGCGGGAAGCCAGAGCACAGGUGUGGAGGGAGCCAGGAGAGCCAGGGGGCUGGCGUGAGGAGGACUUUCCUUGCUGGGGCAGAACAGAUGAGGGUGCAGGCCAUCGUCCCCAGGCUUCAUGCUGAGGACAGGCCCCGAGGGGCCUCAGGACAGAGGCUGGGCAGGGGUGGAGGGUCUG